CUUAUCGGUCYCUGCCAUGCCCUGUGGUCCCUGCUCCUCUCGGCCCAAAUGAAAACACCGAGCGGAUUUUUUGUUUUUGUUUUUGUUUACACAAACUACAGUCCGUCAUGUCCUGUCUAAAAACGCGACCAAAGCGGACCAAAUCGGAGGAGCAGGUUUUCCAGGAAAACCUGAGGAAAGUAGCGCACGAGAAUGGAAAACGCCUGGGUCUGGAAGGAGACGCAGAUCUUCAGUUCCUGCUGACCGGWGGGAAGCUGCACAAGGUUCGCUCGGACUCGUGGCAAAAGAGUCGCGUCUAUAAGCUGCAGGAAGACUGCCAGACCAUAUGGCAGGAGUCGAAGAAAACCUUAAAACAAGACCAGACCUUCCUCAUCGAUGACAUCGAAUCUGURCGUAAGGGCCGUCAGUCGGAGGGGCUGAAGAAGUACACAGACCCCAGUGCCGAAGAUCAGUGCUUCUCCAUCAUAUUUAAGGGAAAAAAGAAGAAUCUCGACUUGAUGGCGAGUUCUAAAGAGGAAGCAAACCAGUGGGUCGCCAGCCUGGAGAAGAUAAUAAACAACGUUCGAAACAUGGACAAAAAGCAGAAGAGUGAACACUGGAUCAUCAACUGCAUGAGGAAAGCAGACAAGAACAAGGACAACAAGAUGACCCUAAAAGAGUUGAAGCACUUCCUGCGGCAGGUCAACGUUGAGGUCAGCGACGUCUACGCAGAGGAAAUUUUCAAGAAAUGCAAGAAGUCAAACGCAAACUACUUGGAGGGCGAUGAGAUAAAGCAAUACUACGAGGUGCUGACGCAGCGCGAGGAGAUAGAGGUGAUCUAUAAAAAUUACGCUAAAACGGAUGGCAGGAUGAGCAUUAAGGACUUCAUGAACUUCCUGCUGAACGAGCAAAGGGAGCAGGCGACGGCAAAGAGCACCCUUGAGCUGAUUGAGAAAUACGAAGUGGACGAAACGGCAAAGAAGCAGAAGUGCUUGACCAAAGAUGGCUUCCUGAUGUACCUGCAACACGAGGACGAAUCCAUCUUUAAGCCAKCUCACAGAAACGUGUAUCAGGACAUGAGUCAGCCCCUCAACCAUUACUUCAUCUCCUCCUCACACAACACCUACCUGAUGGAAGACCAACUCAAAGGGCCGAGCAGCACAGAAGCUUAUAUAAAAGCGCUGAUGAAGAGCUGUCGCUGUGUGGAGCUGGACUGUUGGGACGGACCCAACGGGGAGCCCGUCAUUUACCACGGCUACACCCUCACGUCAAAAGUUCUGUUCAAAGAUGUCAUCAAAUCCAUCAAGGACUAUGCGUUCAAAACGUCUGAAUACCCGGUUAUUCUGUCCCUGGAAAACCACUGCACAGUGAACCAGCAGAAACUCAUGGCCCAUCACAUGAUCUCCAUCCUGGGGGACGCUUUGGUCACAAAGCCUUUGGGCACGACGAUGCCCACCACCUUCCCCUCACCUGAGGAGCUGAAGGGUAGGUUUCUCAUCAAGGGAAAACGAUUGAACAAGCUGGAUGCAGUCUUCUCCAACAACAACGUUAUAGAAGAAGAGACUGUGUCAGAGGAGGACGAGGCGGCGGAGUGUAAGGAGAACGAUCAAAAGGCAAAAAAGAAAUCAAAGAUCACACUUGCCAAAGAGCUGUCAGACCUUGUCAUCUACUGUAAGAGUGUCCACUUCCAAAGCUUCGAACAUGCCAGGGACAACCAGGCUUUUUAUGAAAUGUCGUCCUUCAAAGAGAGCAAAGCGUUGAGCUUGGGUGAAACUUCGGCCACCGCCUUUAUUCAUCACAACAUGGACAAACUCAGCAGGAUCUACCCGGCAGGUUCAAGGACAGACUCCUCCAACUACAACCCUGUUCCCAUGUGGAAUGUUGGCUGCCAGAUCGUGGCGCUGAACUUCCAGACUCCUCACAAGGAGAUGCAAGUAAACCAGGGAAGGUUUCGGCCAAACGGUUUUUGCGGUUACAUCCUGAAACCGGAAUUCCUGAGAGAUCUGUCCUCUCAGUUCAACCCCAAUUCACUGUCCCGAGGGCCGUGGCUGCAGAAGAACACCUUCCAUAUCAUGGUGAUCUCAGCUCAGCAGUUACCUAAACUCAACAAGAACAAAGAGAAGUCCAUUGUAGACCCUCUGGUGAGAAUAGAAGUUUUCGGGGUCCCAGCAGACAACGCCAGCAAAGAGACACACUACCUCAACAACAAUGGGUUCAACCCGAUGUGGAACGAGAGAUUCCAAUUUACAAUCCACGUGCCAGAGCUUGCCUUGGUGCGGUUUUUGGUGGAGGACUACGAUGCAGGGUCCCAGAAUGAUUUCAUUGGACAAUACAGCCUGCCGCUCACCAGCAUUCAGAAUGGAUAUCGCCACGUCCCGUUACUUACCAAGAGAGGCGACGUCAUCCCUUCUGCAAGUCUGUUCAUCCACACCAUGCUCCUGGACGCACAGUAGACACACGAUGGUGGGGGCACUCAACAGCAUAACAAGUGAUGGAAAAAAAAUCAAACUUUGCAGAAAAGACCAAAAGCAUGAGAGUUUGUCUGUUUUUACUUUUUUUUUUUUUUUUAAACAACGGGUUUGGUCGGAGCUACGGCAAUUUAACAAAGCAGGAAUGAUUGCGAGAGUGAGCGAUGGAACAACGAGAUGUCUCUAAAAUUAUUUAAUGACUGUUGUUUAUUUGUAUUUUUGUUGUACUGAAAGGAUUGUGAUUUGAUACACUGACUGUAAUGUUCCCUUAAGUUUAAACUAUAUUUAUCUACAGUCUUAAAAGAAAAGUCAUUCCUGUAAAACAAAGAAAAAACAAUCGUUUGGCCAUGUUUGUGUUCUUCCUUCUUUGUCCAACCAGAACUAAGCAUUGUGUUUUGUUUUUUUUCAGAAAGUGCCAAUGAGAUUUUUAUGUUGUAAUUGUCUUGUUCAUUCAGAGAACCAUGUGUUUGAAAUCAGGCUGUUUUGUAAAUAUAACAAACUCAAUUAGGUUUAACCUCCUUUUACGACUUUUUUUCUCUGAUAACUACAGUUAAUUCCAAACUCAACUAAAUCCAGUUUACUUCCUCCUUGGGUUUUUUAAUUUUUUCUGUUCUUUUAAUAAUUUUUUGUAACGUCUUGUCCCAAUUUAUCAUGUUUUUAGUAUUUGCACUAGCUCUCGAAUAAAAGCAGCCUGAAUUGAU